CGAUGCGGCCGAAUUGGUAUCCUGUGCUGAUCAGCUGGUGCGUUCAGUGCAGUGCAGCAGCAACCCUGACGAGGACUGGCCAUGGUCUCCCCUUCGUCAGUUCUUCCCAAGGUCGUCGAUGACGCGACCGAUCAGGCCACCCCUCGGCGCGCCAAGUGGUGGUACGUGACGUUCCACAACGUCACUGCCAUGGUCGGCGCCGGCGUGCUCAGCCUCCCGUACGCCAUGGCUCACCUAGGAUGGGGCCCCGGGGUGCUGGCGCUGCUGGCGUCGUGGGGGAUCACGCUGUACACGCUGCGGCUGCUGAUCGAGCUCCACGAGUGCGUCCCCGGCGUGCGGUUCGACCGGCUCCGCGACCUCGGCGCGCACGCGCUGGGCCCGCGCCUGGGGCCCUGGCUGGUCGUGCCGCAGCAGCUCAUCGUGCAGCUCGGCUGCGACAUGGUGUACAUGGUCACGGGCGGCAAGUGCCUCCAGAAGUUCGCCGAGUCCGUCUGCCCGACCUGCGCGCCGCUGCACCAGUCCUACUGGAUCUGCAUCUUCGGCUCCUUCCAGUUCCUCCUCUCCCAGCUCCCAAAUCUCGACGCCAUCACCGCCGUCUCCUUCCUCGCCGCCGCCAUGUCGCUCAGCUACUCGACCAUCUCGUGGGCGGCGUGCGUGGCGCGCGGGCCGGUGACCGGGGUGAGCUACGCGUACAGGGACGGGCCGGCGGCGGACUCGGCGUUUCGGGUGUUCGGCGCGCUGGGGCAGGUGGCGUUCGCGUACGCGGGGCACGGCGUGGUGCUGGAGAUCCAGGCCACGAUCCCGUCCACGCCCACCAAGCCGUCCGGGGCGACCAUGUGGAAGGGCACCGUCGCCGCGUACAUGGUCACCGCGGCGUGCUACUUCCCCGUCGCGAUCGCCGGGUACUGGGCGUUCGGCCGCGACGUCGGCGACAACGUCCUCGUCGCGCUGCAGCGGCCUCCAUGGCUCGUCGCCGCCGCCAACAUGAUGGUCGUCAUCCAUGUCGUCGGAAGCUAUCAGGUGUAUGCGAUGCCGAUAUUCGAAUCCAUUGAGACGAUUCUGAUCACGAGAUUCAGGGUGCCUCAAGGAUUGCUGCUCCGUCUCGUGGCUCGAUCAGCUUACGUUGCAUUCACGCUGUUCAUCGCGGUGACGUUCCCGUUCUUCGGCGACCUCCUCGGUUUCUUGGGAGGGUUUGGGUUUACCCCGACAUCCUACUUCCUCCCCUGCAUUCUGUGGCUAAAGAUCAAGAAGCCGCCGAGGUUCAGCGCGUCGUGGUUUGCCAACUGGGGCUGCAUCGUCGUCGGAGUGCUGCUGAUGCUCACGUCCACCAUCGGCGGGCUACGGAGCAUCAUCCAGGACGCGUCGACAUUCCAGUUCUACUCCUGAACCCUGACGCCUGCUCGUACGUGACACCAUCCCAACAGAUUGUCACCCUCGUGCACGCGGUUCUACCUUCUCUUACAAGCUUGGGGUGUGGCUGCAGUCUGUCUGCCGAAAUACAGAGGACGAUGCAACAAGCUGCCGAAGCUAGCCAAGGCGUUGUGUUUCUACGGAUGAUAGUAGAAGACGGCGCUUCGCUACAGAUGGUAGUAGAAAGUUGCCUUGCUUCAAACGUCGCGGCUUGGCCGAAAAAUGGACGCAAAAGAAUCGGCGUGCGGUUAAUUCAGCGAUGGGGGCUUUUUGCGGUGCUCUGAAUUUGAAUAAACUGUCGGAACAUCUGCAAGUUGUGUAGUUGCAGCAUGCAGAUGAGACGAAUAAUGUUAGCUAUAUAGUGACAUGUGAUUAUGUGAAUCAAAGAUGUGUGCGCCGUGGAUCUAUCCUUAGUUCGUUACGGGAAUUUUUGAGAUGGACGAUGUUCCUGCUACCUGCUAGGUAGUACAGAAUUUCACCAUGGCCAUCAAGAUGGUACUCGGCUGACUGAAUUCUGUGCCUCGGCACCAUUUUC